AUGGCAACAAACAUUACCUUCCACCCAGGAAAUGUAACCUAUGACGAGAGGAGCUCGCUUUUGAGCCAAAAAGGUGUAACUAUUUGGCUUACUGGCCUCUCUGCGUCGGGAAAAUCAACGAUUGCCACGGCUUUGGAGCAACACCUGCUGCACUUGAAGAAGUCCGCUUUUCGCCUCGAUGGCGACAAUAUUCGCUUUGGCUUGAACAAAGAUCUGGGAUUCUCUCCUAAGGAUCGUGAGGAAAAUAUCCGUCGUAUUUCUGAGGUCGCUUUGUUGUUCGCCUCCUCGACAGCCAUCACUAUUACUUCAUUCAUUUCGCCCUACAAAGCCGAUCGCAACUUUGCUCGCGAGAUUCACUCGAAGCAUGACCCUGCCCUACCUUUCGUUGAAGUGUUUGUCGAUGCUAGCAUUGAGGAGUGUGAAAAGCGCGACCCGAAGGGUUUGUACAAGAAAGCGAAGGCUGGUGAAAUCAAGGGUAUGUGUCCUUUUGACGUUCUCACACUAGAAUUCACUGGUAUUUCGGCCCCGUACGAAGCGCCUGAAAAGCCCGAGAUUCACAUAGAUGCGGACAAAUGGACAAUCGAGCAAAGCGUCCAGCACAUCGUGGAGUACCUUCAGACCAAGGGUUACCUUUGA